AUGGUGGUCAUCUGGCUCUUUGAUAGAUGUAUCCAAGAUGAACAAGAGUUGAUUAAACGUGUUGAAUUCUUGAUGUAUGUUUUAAACACUGUGAUCCGGAUGAAAAACAUAUCUGUUGUUUAUUUAUCGAGGUCAUACAGUUCAUGCCUCCAAGAAGACUCAGAAGAAUUCAAUAGGCAACAACUUGCCCCGAAAAGUGCUAUCCAGAGUCUUCUGAGAGGAUUACAAUGUUGUGGUGAAGGCAAGAUUCGAUCCUAG